AUGCAACUCCACGUUCUUUACUCCCUCGCGUCCCUCCUCACGCUCACUCAGGCGGCUAGAGUCGUCAAGGUGACCAAAACCGUCGACAACACCGUCACAAACACCAAUGUCGUGGAAGGUACCGUUUCCACCGUCACCGACUGGCUGACCAACACAAGAACCACCACCACUACCAGGUACACAUCGACAUACACCCUGACGAUUUUCGGCCAGCCCCAUACCUACGUUAGUGUGGUGAGCUCCGAGGUGGAAGCCCCUGCUGGAGCGGAAACCCAGGCUCAGGAACCUGCUGAGACUUCUACUCCUCAGGAAACCCAGCCUGAAGAAACCGCCCAGGAAACCCAACCCCAGGAAACCCAGGCUCCCGAAACCUCUGCUGCUCCUUCCACCCAGUCGCCCACGACGCCGGCUCCAUCCACAUCGACCUCUGAUUCGGAGGAUUCUGUGGAAACCGCAGACGACGCUUCUGCUUCUGUGGAGCCAGGCUACCUGCUUGACUCUGUUCUGACGGCAGUCAACGAUGGUGUGUGUGUGGUGGACUACGAGUACUACGACACCACGUCCACGGAGACGGUGACUUCCACCAGCACCCUCACCUCCACCAUCACCGUCUAA